AUGUCAUAUAUCAACUCCUACUUCAACGAUACACGUCAAUUGCCAAGAAUAAGGAUCAUUAAAGACAGCAUGAAUUCUAUAGGUAUCGACUCAUUAAAAAGUAUCUUAGAAUCUAGCAAAGCUGGAAUCAAUGAAAUAGGCUAAAUAAGUGAAGAUCUUGAGAUUGAAAUGGUUGAUCUCCAAAAAGACAUAAAAAUUGAUUGCAUGUCUGAAGACCUCAAAUAACUUGAGACUAGCAGAUCAGUAGAGAUAAAGCAAGAAUCUAAGCUCCUCACUGAUCAUGAAGUUCAAAACUAUCUCAAAUAUAAUAGGAUGCAUACUGAGAUUAAUGAGUAGACAUUUGAACAUUAGAAUGAUAAAUAUCAGAACAUAGAAGGAAAUAGAGCAAAAGCAAAAUAAAAUGGCAGUAACAAGGGUUAGUAAUCUCAAUCCUAAGCAAGAGGAUGCCUUAAUUUCUUACUCGACGUUGAAACUGAUAAAUGUAAAAACUGUAAUAAAAAUUUGCAAGCACAUUAGGUCCCAAGGUUUUUAGAGCCUUAUCCUAGCGAAGUUUAUUUAAAUAUUGACUCUCGCAAGUCUAGACAAGAUUAUGAUCCAAUGACUCUCUCAGAGAAAAUUUAGCAUAGUUUAAGAAUAAAAAGUAAUAAGUCAAAUUAGAGUAAGCUGAAACUUAAUAGACUUGACAACUUAACUAUUCAAGCAAAGACAUUUUACUGUUAGAUAUGCUAUUUAGACUGUCCAAUAGAUCAGAUAAUGAUAAUUAAAUGUGGUCAUUAUUUUUGUAAGGAUUGCCUUCAAGGAUUUCUAGACUUCAUGAUAAAUUAAAGUGGGAUAGUAUACAAGAUGAAGUGCCCAAGUGCAGGAUGUGAGAAAACUUUCGAUAAAGAAAACUUGAAAGACUGGCUUAGUGAGGAUAAUUUUUAUAAGUUUCAGAAGUUUAUGGCGAAUUAUGAAGUUAGUAAGUCAAACAACAAAAGAUUUUGUCCUUAGGUGAAUUGCGAGCAAAUUGUUGAAGGAAAGAAAGGAUAAACUAAAACUGAGUGUCCUAAAUGUAUGAAACAUUUCUGCUUUUAAUGUUAGCUACCUUGGCACGAAGGAAUUAAUUGCAAGGAGGCUUAGGCAAAAGUCUACAAAGAUUGGGCUAUUAAUAUUGGUGCUAAUUAAUGUCCAAACUGCAAAGCUCCUGUUCAAAAAGAUAGAGGUUGUCAUCACAUGAAUUGCAUUGUUUGCAAUUAUAAAUGGUGUUGGGUGUGCGGAAAUAGCCUGGAUCACUGGAUUCACAAAUUUGAAUAGAGUCCCUUUAAUUGCUCUAAGGCUCCAAAAAAUAAAAAGAACAAGUGCUAGUUCUUUGCGCUAUUUAUAUUAGGGUUGCUCUUUAUGCCUUUGAUUAUUUAUAUAAUCAUGAUGGGUGUCUGUAUGUAUUUCGGGGCUUCAAUGUUUUUUAAGGCUGUUGAUAAUUGCAAAGCUUGCGAUAGAGUAUUUGGAUGCAUGUGUCUCUCAACUAUAUUCCUGCCUUAUAUCUCUAUUAUUCUUGUUCUAUCUGCAACCAUUUCAUGCAUGGCUGCAAUUUUGCUGCUAUUGCCAGCCUAUUAUGUCCAUGUAUAUGGAUAUCUGUCAGCUUAUAACUGGUGGAGGAAGUCCACUAGGAUGUAGAAUAUGACUUAAUAUCAAAUUGCUAAUCCUGAAUAGCCUAAGAAGUAAGAUAAAGAUAAUAAAGUAUGA